AUGUCAAACAAUAAACCAAACUCGAAAACCCAUUUAAUUGCUGGUUUUACAGGCGGCUUGUUAUCUGCUAUAACACUUCAACCUCUUGAUUUAUUGAAAACGAGAAUUCAACAGCAAUCAGAUUCCACGAUAUUAAAAAAUAGUAAUCUUAUUCAUAAUAUUUAUAAUAUCAAAAAUGUUAAAAAUUUAUCAAAUAUCUUCGAAUUAUGGAAAGGCACUUUACCCUCAGCUUUAAGAACUUCAAUUGGAAGUGCUUUAUAUUUAACUUGUUUAAAUUAUUUCAGAUCUUCUUUAGCUAAAAAAAACUUUAAUCAAAUUCAAAAUCAAAAUCAAAACUUUUCUUCAUCAAAUUUACCAAAACUAUCAAUGAAAGAAAAUCUAUUAACUGGAGCUUUAACAAGAGCAUUUGUAGGUUUUUUAACAAUGCCUUUCACUGUUAUUAAAACAAGAUAUGAAUCAACUCUUUAUAACUAUAAUUCUUUAAAUCACGCAAUCAAAUCAAUUUAUAAUGAAAACAAUUUACCAACAAAAGUCAAUGGAAUCAAAAAUUUUUUUCUAGGUUUUAAUGCAACUACAGUUAGAGAUGCUCCAUAUGCUGGUAUAUAUGUCUUAAUUUAUGAAAAAUUUAAACUAAUUUUAAAUAAUUAUAAAAAUAAUAAUUCCUUAUCAAUAAAUUCUUCAUUAAUAAACUCUUCAUCUGCUAUAAUCGCUGCUAGUUUAGCUACAACUAUCACUGCUCCUUUUGAUACAAUUAAAACAAGGAUGCAAUUAAAUCCGAAAACUUACAAUUCUUUUUUGAAAACAUUUAAAUUAAUCUUAACCAAUGAAAAGUUUAAAAUUUUAUUUCAAGGUUUGAGUUUAAGGUUGACUCGAAAAGCAUUAAGUGCAGGAAUUGCAUGGUGUAUCUACGAAGAAAUCGUUACUAAAUUGACAAUAUAG